CGGGCGCUCGGGAGCGAGGUUGGAGCCGGGAGCUCCCGGCCCCGGACCUCGGGCUCACCCCAAGCAUCCUUGCUGGGGGCUGCGGAAAGUGGAGCUCCUCCGUCGUUCCCAAGACCUGGGAGAAGCCCUUAGGACCCCGGGGUCCGCGGUCCGCGGGGUGCACACCCAGCGCAGCCCGCGUUCCCUGCGGAGCCCAGCUCGCGUCGGGGCGAGAUGGCCGCAGGCGUCCGGGCGCCAGCGUCCGGCGUCCUCUUCUGCCUCGGGGCGCUGCUGGUCGGCUGGGUCGCCGCAGGAUUGGAGGCUGCCGUCGUUGGAGAGGUUCACGAGAAUGUUACUCUGCACUGUGGCAACAUCUCAGGACCGAGGGGGCUAGUGACCUGGUACCGGAAUGACUCGGAGCCUGUCUUCCUCGUGUCCUCCAAUUCCAGCCUCCCGCCAGCCGAGCCACGCUUCUCUCUGGUGAAUACCAGCUCCCUGCACAUCGGGGCGCUGAGCCUGCAGGAUGCAGGGAACUACACCUGCCAGGAGGUCCUGAGCCAGACUCGGUGGUUCCCAGUGUGGCUGCAGGUGGCAAGUGGCCCGUACCAGGUUGAGGUCCACAUCUCCACCUCUGGCACGCUGCCAAAUGGCACCCUGUACGCAGCCAAAGGCUCCGAGGUGAACUUCAACUGUAGUAGCAGCUCUUGGCCUCCACCCGUGGUGGAGUGGUGGUUCCAGGCUCCCGAUUCCAGCAUCGAGCCCUUUGGAAACAACCUGACAGUCAGCUGCUUCACUCUGCUACUGAUGUCGCAAAACCUGCAAGGGAACUACACCUGUCUGGCCAAGAAUGUGCUCAGCGGGAGACAUCGACAGGUGACCACAGAGCUCCUGGUCUACUCUCCCCCUCCAUCAGCCCCUCAGUGCUGGGCGGAGAUGUCACCAGGACUGCUGAUGCUGCAGCUCACCUGCCGCUGGGAUGGGGGAUACCCAGACCCAGACUUCCUGUGGACGGAAGAGCCAGGAGGUGUGGUCAUGGGGACGUCAAAGCUGGGGGUGGAGAUGCUGAACCAGUCCCAGCUGUUGGAUGGCAAGAAGUUCAGAUGUGUUGGGAGCCACAUAGUGGGGCCGGAGUCAGGAGCCAGCUGUGUGGUACAGAUCGGGAGCCCCUCCCUUCUCUCUGAGCCCAUGAAGACUUGCUUCGUUGGGGGCAAUGUAACACUCACCUGUCAAGUGUCUGGGGCAUACCCCCCUGCCAAGGUCCUGUGGCUGAGGAACCUCACCCAGCCGGAAUUGGUCAUCCAGCCCAGUGGCCACUAUCUCAUCACCCAGAAUGGCCAGAGCUCCACCCUCACCAUCUGCAACUGUUCCCAGGACCUGGAUAAGGGCUAUUACGUCUGCCGGGCUGAGAACCCCCUGGGGGUGAGGGAAGUGGACAUCUGGCUGAGUGUGGAAGAACCUUUAAAUAUCGGGGGAAUUGUGGGAACCAUUGUGAGCCUCCUCCUGCUGGGACUGGCCAUUAUCUCGGGGCUUAUGUUUUAUUACAGCCCUGUGUUCUGCUGGAAAGGAAACACUUUCAGGGGGCAAGACAUGAGUGAUAUCAUGGUUUUGGUGGAUUCGGAAGAGGAAGAGGUGGGGGAGGAGGAUGCUACCGAAGAGGAGGAGGCGGCAGCAAAUGAGAGGGAGGAGCUGCCCAAAGAAAUACACAAGCACGUCCACAUUCAUAGAGUGACUGCACUGGUGAAUGGGAAUACAGACCGUAUGGGCAGGGGACUCCAGGCUCUGCAAGAUGACAGCAGUGAGCAGCAGAAUGACAUGGUUCAAGAAGACAGGCCAGUGUGAAGAAGAGAACUGUCCUUCAUUAUCUUGUCUGAGAAGCUUGGAAAGCUACACCGAAGAAGAGCUUUUCAUUCUGCUUUGACUUGACACCCUCAACACCAUGCCUGCUGAAGGGCUUAAAACAGUUUGGAGCUCUCAGCAAAAAAGAAACACGCGCGCACACACACACACACACACACACACGUCUUCCUUUUUUUUUUUCCUAAAUUGUAGGCUUUCUCAAUAAUGGGAAAAAUCUUCGGGAAUGGUCAGAGUGUGUGGGAAGCUGUAUUUGGCAUCUGAGGUGCCCCUUUUGUUGUGACUUGACUUUAUCCAGGUUGACUGUUUCCUGUUUGGAGGGAGCAGGAGUUGGGGAAAGCACCUGGCCUCAGUGCCCUUUGCCACUCUUAAAGUUCUGUAACCAGGGAAUAGUGUGGGGUGAUAGGGACACUUCCUUUCUCACUGCCCAGGUGAGCUGCGUCAGGCAGAUACCAGCUCCCUGGAAAAGUGAAAAGGUGUCAAUUACCCAGCUAGUCGGAGGCAUUUGGCUCAGGUUUGGGCGUUGGAAACAUCUGGGCUGUGCCACUUGCUUCAUGGCCUUAGGCACGUUGCUUUACCUCUCCCUGGGCCUCAAUUUCCUCAUCUGUAAAAUAGGUGAGGUCACACUUACCUUACAGGGUUGUGGUGAGGCUGAAAUGAGAUCCUUCUGGAUGUAAAGGUGACUUAGAAGAUGCUGGUUGUCUUCUCCUUCGCCUUCCCUAGUGGAGGAAGCAAGGUCACCUCUAAGUUAGGAGCUGCUGUCUGGGCCUUUCAUUCUUUGUAGAAUGGUUUCAGAUGAGGGCAUUAUCAGAGCUCUCCUGAACUAUUUUCCAAAGAGGUAGGGGCCCAUAAGAAGAAGUGCCUUUCAUUAGAACCUUACAUUUUGCAGAGCUGCAUAUUUACACAAAAGCCUCUAAGUGACUCACUAGUAGCUUUCAGAGUUACCCAUUCUUCCUUUCUUCAAUGGGUUCGAAAGGAGGCAGGAGAAAUGUUUUGUUAGAGUAUCUGGUGAUAAGUAUUCCUUGGGCAGGCUGGUUCAUCUGGUGUUAGUUUCUCAUCUCAGAAAUGGGAACAGGAAAACUUGUUUCCUUCCUACUUAGUAAGGAUGUUAUGAGGCUACACUAACCAAUAAUGCUAAGUUUUAAAUGAAAACAGCAUGUGUUGACUUCAAGCUGCUGCUGAUUCCACUAGAUCCCUGUACAGUAUGGGGAUUUUUACUGAUUUCAUUCAAAUCUCAAAUGUCAGGGACCUUAAGAGUGUGCAAAAGAUGUGUGCUAAACAUGAAAAUCUGACUUGAAUUUGCACUCUUCACUGUUGCACGUGCUGCUCUAAUGGGCAAGAAGUAGGGCUUAAAGGAGAACAUCCCUUCUUCAGUCACAAGGACUGGGACUCGUAAGGAAGCUGGUUAUCUGUAGGGGUACCCUGCAGGUAUAGUUGGGGGAGAUCCAUUUUCUUGGAUGAAGGGAUUAAACUGAGCAAAUCACUGGAAGUUAGCUGUGUUCCCAGUUCAGAACUCUGGAGAGCUCAGGAGCUGGCUGCAAUUUCCACCCUUCAGGAAUAUCUGUGAACACAGUUCUUGUGGGCUGGGUCUUUUGCUACAUGGUACUCCAUGUACUUAACCACUUUAACCAGCCUAAGUUAGUGCCAUUUCAGAAGGGGAUACUUAGGUUACCUCUAGAGUCACUGAACACUGAGCAAGUCUUCCCUCACUUUAGAAUCUUCCAUGACUAAAUUUCUGAAUUUAAGAUUUCAUUAUGCAAAAGCAACCAUGUUUAAGAAAAGAAAGAGAAAUUGUAGGAAAAGAAAGUCCCUAUCUGGGAACACAGAGAAUGAUUUGCAAGAUCACUGAGGGGCUUUCUGCAAUUCCUCUUCUCUUGCACGCACACCUGAUGAUAGGAAAUCUUCAAGGCAGGGUUUUUCCACUAUCAGAUGGAAGCUUCAUGGUCUUGGUGCCAAACAUUAUAAACCCUUGACCAGCUGAGCUGUGACUGCUGUCGUUUAUUUCUGAGCCCUGUGUGCACCUUCGUAAGGCUGAAUCAGUUAAGAGCCCAGGUACUGGGAGGUUUCAAGUCGUAAGGAUUUUAAAAGAAUUAGGGUUUUUUUUUAAGAUGAUCCCCAAAUCCACAAGCAUGUUAAUAGUAGGUUACGGACUUUGUGUGGCAAAGUCCAAGUUGUUAGUUACACUGCUUUUACAAAAUCUUAUCUGUCUGUAUGGUGAAAUCAAAGACCAAGGGAUCCACUUAUCAGAACCAGGAAGAUAAAUACCUCAGGGCUUUUACAACUGAUAUUUCAGAAGGGGACAUUAGGGCAAGGGUUCUUGCAGUCAUGUGGCUUUGACAUUAGUUCCAAUUCUCACAAGCACACACAGGCCCUAUUAUUGCAGCAGGAAAAAGCACGAUGGAAAAUUUCCAUGAUCCAUGCACUGUACCCUGGAAAAUCAUCCCUGCUGGGUAUGGUUUAUUAUGCAGUAAAUGCCCACUGGUAUUUCUCAUCAUGGGACUGGCUAGGAAUUGCUGCAAAGAAAAUUAAGCAACUCCCUCUGCUUUCUUUACAUUUUCAUAUUUGGUGUGUGUUGGGAUUGGGGAAAGGGGGUGGGGGGCGGUUGGGAGAAGUUCUUUCUGAGAUUAUGUGGAUUUUUUUUUUAAAGAUUAUGAAAUAAAGUUAUUUUUAAAUAAA